AUGGAUAACAAUCCGAGUGUGGCAGAUGUCAGCCGGUCGUUAGACAUCGUUUCAGGGUUACUUCAAUCCUACGAGGUUAUUGACGAACACAUAGGCCGUUUACGCCUUCCGGAAGCCUCGCGUCUCCUUUGUGGUUGCCAUGAUGGUACUAUAUCGCUGUCUCCUGAUGAUAAAUUGGAAGAUGAGCUCCGGGUGUGCUGCGCCUCUCUUCGCGACAAGUGUCUGUCUGAAAUGAUAAACACUUUACCUGUUGCCUUUUGCGACUUUUUGCAUGAAGAGCUUGAGCGUCACCGUUUUCAAGAGCAAUUUAUGGUAUGUCCAAGCGAUCCUGUUGAAUCUUUGGAUUGCCAAGAGUUAUUUCAACGUUUGUCUGAGGAUGCUGAAGCGGACGACCGCAGUAUCUCUGAUGAGGCUGACAAGGUGCUGCACCAUCUGAAAUGGCGGUAUUACCACCGUUAUGAGUUGUUGGUAAAAAUUGUGUUAUUUAUUGGUCGUCAGUGGUUGUCAUUGAACAAUGGUUACAUGCCGGUGGCCGAGCAGUAUCUAAACCUUGACGGUGAAAGGCUGUGCAUUUCAUAUGUAACAUUCAAUGAUUGUUUGGUGAUAUUGAACCUGUCCGGGACCUUUUUGCGUCUUAUAGAGGACCGCGCCUCUCGUUACGUCACUCCUACGGUCCACGUGUCUAGAGGCUACGAUAACGGUGAUAUAAGUUCCGUGGACUACGUUCACGACCACUGUUUGCGCUUGGGUUCCGGGAAGAAAGUUACAGCUGUAGUAUCUAUCGACGGUUACGAUAGCACCUCUGCAAUGAUAUCGGGUGUUGUAAGCCGUAUCUCCCACGUCGAGGCAGUGCUUCGGCAACUCCGUCAUUUUUCGGACGAAAGCAGUUCGGGCAGUGUUAGUUCAUCUAUAGAGGUGGAUAGACACUUGGAUUAUUCUUCAUCUAAGGUUACGGACUUCACGUGUUUGUCUGCGUUGCAAACACGUGUCCUAGUUGACGAUUUGAUAUCGCGUCUUAUUGACUCAUGUUAUUUAUGUUGGGAUGUGGAAUGUGUCGGCGUAGAUGAUUUGUUGCGUUCAUUUCGCUAUUUGUGUGACACUGUGAUAGCAUCUGAGGCCACUGUAGUGGACUCGUCUUCUCGUUUCGUACGUCACUUUUUUCAGAGUCUAUUGCAGCGUUGGGAAGAACAUGUGUUGGUAUAUACUCGUUUUUGCGCUCAAUCGCAAAGCUAUGAAACCGAUUUGAACUACAUUGCGGCGUCGGACUUCAAUAUUCGUCGUGAUUCGUCAAUUCGAAUUGUCGACAAGAGAAGUAUAGUUACGCUUCUUACUAGCCUUUUGGAAACUGAUUUCCCGGGGAUCUCCUUUUCCGAAGUGUUCACCUCCUUCGAAUGGGCUGAUCGUCUGGAGUCAUGUGGCGUAUGCAACGACAUUUACACUCUGUCUAUAUUGUUGUUUGUAUUAUCCGCUCAGCCCAUUGCACUGCUGCGUCAUGCCUUUGAUAUUUUAGGGCCGCGUAUGGUAUCACAUGAUGUCAUUGCAUUGUGCAUAAAGCGUUUUUCGGAUAUGAUUUUAUCUAUCCUAGCUACGUAUAUGUUGGUUACUCAGGAUUUUUUCAAACAAUUUGUGUUGAGCAUCACUAAAACAGUGAGUAAGGACGAGGAUGCUAAAGAUCUUGCUGGUUUUAAUGUUCCUCUUACCAACUUUUUACUUUUGUUGUCCAACGCCUCGCUGUUGUCUGGUUCAUCUUUGGUUUUACCAUAUUUUGUUCAGUCUUUGGAGUCUCGAAUAUCCUGGGGACCGGCCGUAGAGUGUCAUGGUUCGGUGUUUUCAGAUUUGGUGAAAUGUAAUUUCCACACAUGUGUUGCUCACGUACACAUGUUGAAAUUGCAAGACUACCUUAUAACUCAGCUUACGGCCUUGUUACAGCAGGUUCUUCAGAAACUUUUGAGUCGAGUGUUGAAUUCUCUUGAUAGCUAUGCGGACAGUUUCGGUGAGGACGCAAUUCAGCUUCUUACACAUGUAUCUUCUCUGUGUGAUAGCAUCUUACCUCUUACACUUCGACUGACCACUAUGUGUCUAUUACUUGACCUUUACUUCACUACACUACCUGACAUUAUUCUUGACUAUUUGGACCUACUUAACUAUCAGCCUUCGGACGAUGUGCUCGGGAGUAUCACCACAUUUGUUGUUAGAUUGGAUGGAAUACUGUCUGACUUCAUGUCAGCUAUGGGUAAGGUGAAUAACGAUUUUGUCCACCACUCCAAGUUUGUGGCAUUUUCAGCAGUUUUUCGUCACGACUUUUCAUGCGUGGAUGACCCUAACUCUCCGUACAACCAGCGCGACCUAAACCGGUUGUGUAAAUUGUGUCGGUGUAUCCAGGUACGAAUUGGUAGUGUCUAA